AAAGGGCGUGCAGGGCUGCAGUAAAAGGUUAAGAGCCACCUUAAAACAAAGCCCGACGUUUCGGGCCAAUGGGUCUUUAGAGACGGGAGAGCCUCACCAAGGUCAUCCAAUCAGCGCGCGGGGUUGGUUACACUGCGUCUGGCCAAUCAGCGCUUUCGUGGGCGUGGCCCGCGUGGGGCGCGUGCUAUGUGAGACCUCGCGCCGAAACAAUCGUUGAGCAGUCGGCGAACACGAGGCCGGUGUGUGAGUUAUCGGUUCUGUGAUCUCGGUUUCGUUUCAUUCACAUUAUUCGUUUAAAAAAAGAGAAGUAAUCAACAAUUGCUUUGUUCGGUUAAAUCUACAAGCUCAGUAGUGUUAUAUACCAUGGCCACGCCGCCGAAAAGAAUGUGCAUCAGCCCCUCGCUGAAUGACAGCUUUGAGAAGCGGGUUAAGCGCGUGUCGAUCGAAGGCAACAUCGCGGCAGGGAAGUCGACAUUCGUGCGGAUCCUGCAGAAGGCGGAGGAGGCAUGGGAGGUGGUGCCCGAGCCAAUCGCACGCUGGUGCAACGUGCAGACGGACCACGAUGACUCUGAGGAGCUGUCCUCCUCGCAAAAGAGCGGGGGCAACCUGCUGCAGAUGAUGUACGACAAGCCAAGCCGCUGGGCCUACACCUUCCAGACGUACGCCUGCCUCAGCCGUAUCCGCGCCCAGCUGCGCGUGCCGCCCGCCAAGCUCGACCAGGCGGACGCGCCCGUGCAGUUCUUUGAGCGCUCUGUGUACAGCGACAGGUACGUGUUUGCGUCCAACCUCUUUGAAGCGGGCUGCAUCAACGAGACGGAGUGGGCCAUCUACCAGGACUGGCACGGCUGGCUGCUCGGCGAGUUCGGUCCCAAGAUCGACCUCGACGCAAUCAUCUACCUGCGUGCGACGCCCGAGCGCUGCAUGGAACGGCUGCACGUCCGUGGCCGUUCAGAGGAGCAGGACAUCGAGCUGGAGUACCUGCAGAAGCUGCACGACAAGCACGAGAGCUGGCUGCACGACCGUGACAUGCCGGUGGACUUCGACUGCCUCAAGACUAUGCCCAUCCUUGUCCUCGACGUGGGAGAAGACUUCAAGACGAAUCGCACCAAGCAGGAAGAUCUCAUUGACCAGGUGAAAUCGUUCCUGAACGACAUCUGACCACAACGCAGCUGCUGGAAGGUUCAUCUGGAAAGGCCGCUAUGUGGGCACACACGUGCUGCUGCCUCUUAAGUCUUGAAUUUCAAAUAUUGUCAAUUUAAAUAUUUAAUAGUACUCAACAUGUGGGGUUUUUCGAUACAUCAUUUGUGCAUGCGUUUGGCCAAAUUAUUGUGGUCCAUUGCAAUUCAAGGUACAAAGUUGACACCUAAAAUGAAACGCUUUUUAUUUCCCUUUUGGUCGAGAUGUUUGAAUGAACUGCCCGAAAGUGGGCCUUGAAAGGUGCAACCUGUUAUUUUAAAUGUAAAAAAAAAUCUUUUAUCGUAUAUUUUUUAUCAAAUAAACAAAUAUAACUUUA